UUACCACGAAAGGAUAUAUUGAAAAGUCCAUAAUGAUGCUAAAGUAAAUGUUUUGAAAAAUGUCGAAAAGUAAUCGCCUUUAUAUCCGCCAUUUGUUGUCGUGUUUAAAGUGACUACAUUUCGUAACAAAAAACUUAAAAACGUGCAUUUUAAUUUUGAAUUGUUGAUUAAUUAAUUCGCCGAAGAGGUUUGGAACACGCACAAAAUAAGAGCAAAUAACUUCAUAUUUACUCAGACAGCUGUACGCUGUGUACCUACUGAAUGGAGGGGAGUACUGCUGUGGCUAAACAAAAAGUAAAAUUAAAAGGAAAUAAAAAGGAAGAGCGAGAAAAAAGUUCAAAAGGGAAGGUUGCGAAAGGAAAAGGCAAGGAUGUGGUACUUAAUGCUGGCAAAUAUGAAGGGCAGGGACUUAUUUAUAAAGCAAAAUUGUUUGGCUUUGUUGAAGUACCUGGCCCUAGAGGUGAUGACACCUGUGUUAAUGCAAUUCAAAAACUUAAGCAACAAGCAAAACAGUUAAAAAAGGGAGCCAAUGAGCACAAACUAAAAAUAACAGUCAACAUAACACUCAAAGGAAUAAGAUUGUACAAUGACAAAACUCUGGCCCUUGAACAUGAGCACCCAAUCCACAAAAUAUCUUUCAUUUCACAUGAUCCAGAGGACAGGCAUGUUUUUGGUUACAUUUUUUCUCCCCCACGAUCUUCCUUGAAUGAGGCAAGAAAGUAUUGUCUCUUUGCUAUCAAGUCAGAAAAAUUAGCUGAAGUGAUAACUACUCAGUUGUAUGAAUUGUUUCAAGUUGUUUACAAGAUGCGAGAACACAGAAAAAAUACCACGAAGGAAAACAUGACAAGUAAUCAAAAGCAGGAUAACAAGUCAGCAAAGCCUUUGGAGCCUUUGCAAAACAAAAUGCUUCUUGAAAUGUCUAAUAAAAUUGGUGGAGAGCAGAAGCAAAAUCAAGAAGAACAUUUAUAUUCGGAACCAACUUUACCUAGAGAGAGUUCGGAAACAUCUCAUUAUGAUGUUCCUCGUGCUCCAGGUUCUCACAGGGCAACUGCUGUUGGAAAUGACGAAUAUCAGGUUUCGCAACCUAAUGAAGACGGCUUGAGUGAGAAAGAGCGGGAAGAUAUUGCGACUGCCAUUGCUUUGUCGUUGAGCAUGCAAGAAAAGUCAGGUCUUCCUGAAGCGGAAACGGACACAUUAUCUCAUGAAAAUAACUCAAUUAGUGAAAGCGCGUUUCAUGCCGAAUUUCCGCCUGUCGAAAACGGAUUUUCGAGUUCUUAUGAAUUUAGAUCAGAACAGAAUGAUGAUUCAAGUUAUUCUAUGCAUACCGACAUUGCUGACUUACCUGACGAGGAGCUAAACCCCAAAACGAACAAUGCGCGUGGCAACGUUUCAUCCGAUUUUGAUCUCAAAUUGGCCGUUGAGAACAGCAGUGAGACGUCGCCUGCCGAAAACGUUUCGGAAGAAGGCAUCUUUAAGAAAACGCAAGAGCCUAAUUCCACUGGUAAAGAAAUUACCCCAAACAGCAAGGAAUAUAAGCCUAUUGACAGUACGAAAGACAGUGACAAUAACCACGGCGAUAUUGAAAAGAGAAAAGUUUCUGCUGAUUCAAGUGUUCACGUCGUGUAUUCUUCAUUUGAAGUAAAUUUCGACACAGAAAAUGAGAACGUAAUAACAGCAAAGCAGUCUGAGCAAGACACGUUUGCUUUUAGCUCUACUUCAGACGUGUUUUCAAAUGAAGAUCCUUUCGCAUCCUCGAGUGCAAACGAAUUCAACGAGGCAAAAUUUACCUCAUUUUCAGACGAUGAUCCAUUCUCCCCUCGCGGGGGCAGCGCAAGCGUCGAAUUUAAAUCUGAUCCUUUUGGUGGAAGCAGUGAUGCAUUUGCCAAUUCCUUUGAUGAUAUAGCAACAGGUGGCUCUGCGCAGAUCCAGCCGCGACAUUCUGCAAAAGAGUCUAGCCUCGAGAACGAUCCUUCAAUGUUUGAAGAAAUAAAGGAAAAUGCUCCUCAGAAUGUUGCGUAUGGAAAUGAUAGUUUUGAUUUGGACACAAUAAAGUCGUCGGAAGGCGAAGUCGAAUAUGUUAAAGUUGAUCAUUCUUUAAAAAAUGAUUUUGCAAUGGUUAAUAACUCUUCCGUCGCAGAUUUGGACAACUCCGAUCCUCCUGACAAUACUGCAUCCGUGAAAGAGCAAGAAGAAACUCUAGAUAAUAUUGGUAAAGCGCACGCCGUUGCUGAUGAAACAAGCUCUUCAGAUUCUUCACUAAAUAACUCUGAUGUUACUGCAAAUACCGCAGCUUUAAAGAGUAUACUGUCAUCAACGACAGAAUCUUCACCCCCACCCCUGCCUCCUCGACCUGAUGUUCCCCCAAGAGAACUGAAUGAAGUUGUAGCAAGUAGUCCUAAAAUACCACCUGCUCUUCCGCCAAGACCUUCCAUAAAUGUACCCUCGCCUAAAGUGGAGACUUCCCAACGCCAGCCUCCUGAACUUCCGCCGAGAAUUGACCUGGAAGAUGAUGCUGUACUAAAGGACGAGCUCUCUGAUGGAGAACUAGAACCUAGUGAAAAUGAGUUUUCCAUAAACACAAGUGAAGAUGAUACAGAAAAUAAUUUUGAUAAAAAUAUCGCUGAAGACGAAACUCGAAUUGACUUUUUUGAUGAAUCAUUCGGUGAGUCAAAGUUGGAAUCAUUUUCUCCGGCGGACAACAAAUCCGAAGUUUAUUCCGAACAAAACACUGAUAUAUCUAGCAAAGUGGACAUGUCUUCAACAUUUGAUACAAAUUUUGAUGCUUUUGAUUUUGAUAAUGUUGAUGUUAAUUCCGCUUCACGCAGUGAAACUACGACUCCUGUAUUCAUCUCCGACGAUCCUUUCAAGGACCCUUUUGCUGGCACAGACCCGUUUCAAACCCCUAAUACCGGUGACCCAUUUGCCUCCUCGCCUUUGUUUGAUGAGAAUACACUAAAAAGUGGCAAAGAUUUUGAUCCAUUUUCCGGAGAUGAUCCAUUUGCGAUGACACCUGCCUUUGACAAGAAAGCGUCGGCUGAUGUGUCCAUUCAGAAAAGUCGUCUGAAUAAAAAACAAUCAUCUUCCAAUGACUUUGGUGAUGACGCCGACCAAGAAAAGUUUGCAGAUUUUUCUUCGUCGUUUCGCUGAAAAGUGCCACCGACAUAAAGAUGCCGUCAAUGCCAUGUGGCAAACAAAGUGAAUAAAUGAAAUUUUUGUUAAAUUUAGUUCUCUAUGAUUAGGUUUCAUCAAGAAUAACGUAUUAUCUCAACUUAUCGAACAGUGGGAACCUUUCCAUUUGCAGGCAUCUUUUCUUUCUAUACCGACUUGCUGCCUUGUUUUAUUUUCAUGCCUAUCGUGAUUUAUUUGUAUAUUUUUAUGGUUGUAUCAUACAGUUAAUUUAAUAUAUUAUACAAUGGUCCGUAUUUAACUUGAA